AUACCUUUUCUCUUUCUCUGUCCUUGAGACAGAAACUGGGAAACCCCCAGCAAGGGACUAGGAACGAAGGUUGGCAUUUGAGUCGAGACUUUUCAGACCCUUGAACCUCAAAACCUUGUUCAUGGAAACCAACAAACAGCAGAAGAAGAAGUGGUUUAUGCCACUGGUGUUUUCUCUACUAUUGUCCACCUUGCUCAUACUCUUUUCCAUUUUCGUUUCCUCUGAUUCCUCUUCUUUGCUCUACCUCUACCGUACACGUGUCAGAACCGAUGAACCUCAUUUCGUGGAGUCAAAGCUGAGGGUAUCUUCCACUUCAUCUACCAACUCUGUUCCCAGGAUAGCGUACUUGAUCUCGGGGUCAAUGGGUGAUGGAGAGAGUCUGAAGAGAACCCUGAAGGCCCUUUAUCAUCCAAGGAACCAAUAUGCUGUGCACUUGGACCUUGAGGCUUCUCAGCAGGAAAGAUUGGACCUGGCAAACUUUGUGAGGAACGAGCCUCUCUUUGCUAAGAUGGGUAAUGUUAGGAUGAUUGUUAAGGCCAAUUUGGUCACUUACAGAGGACCCACUAUGGUCACCAAUACCCUUCAUGCUGCUGCCAUUUUGCUCAAGGAAGGUGGCUACUGGGAUUGGUUUAUUAAUCUCAGCGCUUCUGAUUAUCCCUUGGUCACCCAAGACGAUCUGCUACAUACACUCUCAUCUAUUCCUAGACAACUUAACUUCAUUGAGCACACCAGUGAUAUUGGCUGGAAGGAAGAUCAGAGGGCAAAACCUGUUAUAAUUGAUCCAGCUCUUUAUAGUGUCAAUAAAUCUGAUUUAUUUUGGGUGACUGAGAAAAGAAGUGUUCCUACAGCAUAUAAGCUGUUUACAGGUUCGGCCUGGAUGAUGCUCUCACGCCAAUUUGUUGAAUAUUGUUUAUGGGGAUGGGAUAACCUGCCUAGAAUAGUCUUGAUGUAUUAUGCCAACUUUCUAUCCUCCCCUGAAGGGUAUUUUCACACAGUCAUCUGCAAUGCUGAGGAGUUCCGUAACACUACUGUGAAUCAUGACCUCCACUUCAUAUCCUGGGACAACCCUCCAAAACAGCAUCCACACUUCCUUACAAUCAAUAACUACCAGAGAAUGGUGGACAGCAACGCCCCUUUUGCUCGAAAAUUUGGCAGGAACGAACCACUCUUGGAUAAGAUUGAUACUGAACUCUUGGGGCGAAAUGCCCACGGUUAUGUUCCCGGCAAGUGGUUCGUUCACGCUAAUCCAAACAUCACCAAACAAUAUUCUGCUAUAAGAAAUAUCACUGAGCUCAAGCCUGGCCUUGGGGCGGAAAGGCUUAAACGCCUUAUCAAUGGUUUAUUAUCAUCAGAAGAAUUUAAGACAAAGCAGUGUUCUUGACAUGCAGGUUUAAACACCUGCUAUGAUCAUUGCUGUUUUACCAUCACCAAACAGAUACAAGCAAACAAUUGUGAUGUCCAGUUGACACACCAGGUUGCUUUGAGACCAAACAGGAAAAAUGAGAGGACAUAACAGUAUACACAAGGAACCGUUUCUUCAAAUACACUUCACCUUCUAGUUCUAUUUUACACAAAUUUUAACGUGACCACACUUUUGUAGUCAUAUUGUAUCCAUUUGUUCACUUGAUUUAUUGAAUUUUAUUGGAUGACAAUGACAAGUCAUCAAUGCUUUUGUACUCUCUAGAAUGUCUUUAUAGCCAAUAAGAGAUUCAAUUAUAUAAUACGUGACACGGGCUUCAUGCCUAUAAGGCUAGAAGUUCGAGAAGCCCGUGAAAAAAAGUACUCACUCUUGUAGUCUUUAUACUAGGACUUGCUCAAGUAGCUG